GUGUGACUCAUGUAGCAUGGGAGAGUUCAUGUGGCAAUCUAGUGCAGAUCAGAUCUCAAUUCACAGGAUGGUUUGCUUUAUGAAAGUAUACCCUGGAGAACAUGGGAUAAAAUUGAAGGUCACCCACCUCUCUCUUCAGAUUUGUUCAUUUUUACAUGGAAGUGACUAUUCAGAUUUCCGCUUGAUAGUAUGUGAAUAGACAUAAAUGCUUCUUUAGCACCAGGCGUGAUUUCAGACUACAGAAUAGCUAGAGAGAGCAAAUUGCCAGCACAAAGGUCAGCAGCGUUCAGUUCUUAAUAGACUAUAGUGGGAGACUAAAAUUAGAAGCACUGAUGGAAAUUAUAAGUUCCCUUCAGAUCCCAACUGAACCACAAGCAAUGUGAUCCUUUACUUGGUUUAUACUGUCGCGAAACACGUUUGUUUAUCUGUGCCGAUAGCAGCAAAAGCAUUUUACUGUUUCAGCUGAAAGCAGCAGGAAUAGCAAUCCAGUUACUUUCAAAACCACCUCAGCAAGUGCCAGCAUUGCUGAAGGUUUAGUCACCUGCUUGUUCUUGUCAAAGGCCGGCACGGUAAAGCAGAUGAACUGGAAAGCCUGGUAUUGCACAGCUGAGGGCUGAAGUUUGAGAGACAGGCGAAUCAAUGCUUCCUCGCCCUCCCUUUCCUGUGUGGCUUGUUCAGAUGAUAUUUGCCUUUCCAAGGAUUUCCCCUUACUUAUCAAUGUUUUGAUAUCACUCCUGUGAAAACUGUCCCAGCUCUCUCACUGUUACCAUCUCCAGCUUCAUACCAGAACUGCCGCUGGCCGUAACUGCAGCUGAAACCAGAAGGAAAUGAGUUGGCUCCGUGCUUGCUUCAUAGACAGAGGUUCUCGUACUGAGACUGAAGCUAUGAAAAGGCAAAGCUCUGAUCAGGAGCAUGAAGUUAUUGAAUUACAACAAGUUAAUGGAGAAGAAAGCGAAGUCGAUCACAAGAAGCCUCUAAAUUCUCCAGCAGCUGCGAUGAGCAAGGAGAGAGAUCACUGGAAAUCAUGCAGGAAAGUCAUUUUUUGGAAGUGUAAACUAUGGAUGGUUUUAACUACAAUUUUUGUAGUAUUGUUCCUGGUCAUUCUCAUCAGCCUAGUUCUAUAUUCUAAUGUUUACACAGAUGAGGAUGACUAUUGGGAUGCUGAUGCACUACUACAUAGUGGAAAUUAUCACAAUUUUUCUGGAAAGUUCAAGUUAAUGUGUGGUCUUCCACACCUUUUUGCUGAUGACAUUACUAAGAAGUUAACAGAUGUCUACAGUUCAUCUCCAGCUCUAGGACGCUACUUUAGGUCAGCUCAAGUGGUUCAUUUCAGCAAUGAAAGCUCCACUGUAUUUUACCAGCUAGAGUUCUCUGUACCGCCAUCAGCAGAGGGGUUUAUGGAAAAUUUAAUGGACCCAGAUUUUAUAAGAAACAUUCUACGUCAGAAUAUUUAUGAUGAAGAAGAUACUUUUUAUCCUGGGACAUCUGAAUGUAACACGUUAAAGCUUGACCCAGCUUCUCUCACAUCAACAUAGAAAUAAUGGACCCCUCAUCUUUCUCACCUUCUAGAAGAGAUGGGCUUCUACUGUCUGUUGGUAAUCCCAGGUUAGGGAGCUAUUCGUUAGGUUGAAACACUUCUAAAGAUGGUUUUCUUCAAAUGAAAAUGUGGUGUAUUGCUAACAGUAUUGUACUCCUAGAACAUUGCUACCUCCUUCUUCAUUUUUGUCCUGACUUAUGAGUAACCCAUUUCAGUCUUGUGAAAAUCAUAUACCUUGCUUGAUAAAGUGCUCUACUGACUUGGAAAACUCUAAUUUGUCUUAUGAUGAAAUCUAGAUUCCCUGCUCGAGCUUUAAAAACAGUCCUGUGUGUCUCCUCUCUUUUGCUCUUGGCUUAUGCAAAAUUAUCCAUACAACUUCAUCCUUAAUUUUCAUGUUCACCCAUGCUCAUGUCUUUUACUUUUUUUCCCCCACCAACUUCAUCUGACAUAUCCUUCCUGGUGUUCUUUCCUCUCAAAACAACCUUAAAACUUAAAUAGUCUUUUGUUUCCUUUAAUUGUAUGCAAAACCUUUGCACUUCCUUCUUAAGUAAGCUGGAACUCUCAUCAUCCCCUUGUUCAUUCUAUACUCUUCCUAGAGAAGGUCUCAUCAGCACUGUUUUUCCUCUUCUGUAAUGUGAAAUAAAAAUGAAGAAGGAAGAAACAUCAGGAAGAAACAUGACUUGUUCACUAAUGCAUCUGAAUGCUGCAGAAAUCUUUCAAGGGUCAAAUUAGCUGUGUACUUCAGUAAUUGGCUACUGGUGCUUGUGAAAAGACACCUAUUAGACCCACAUCUCUAAAUUCAAAGGAAAACGGGUCUACACCCUUCUAAUACCCCCUCCCCUGGCAGUGGGGGGAAAAAAAAAGGAAUGAACAAAUGCAAAAUUCUUGCCUUAAUAAGGCAGCAAACAGUUGUUGACAAUAAAGCAUAUGGGACAGACCAAUGCCAAGAAAAAGGUGCUGAAGCAGAUCAUGUAGGCCAGUGUGGCAUGAAAGUUACAGCCAGUAACUGGUUAUAAUAUUAAAACUAAAAAUUAAGCAUUAAUUUUUUGAGGAACAUGAAAGCUUCACUACCAUGUUAGUGAAGCGUAACAACUUCUCACUUAGAAACGUUUGUAGCCUGUAUAAAUGUUAAUGUUGUAUAGGAAAAAUUAUUUUUAGAAACUUUUUGUACUGGGAGAAAUAUGAUGAAUUGUUUUUUUCUAAUGUUUAUUUAAGGAAUCUGAUGACUAUAUUGUACAUUAAAUUAUUUAUUUUUACUCUUAAAGUGAUUGUUUUCAUUCUUCAGCAGCUCCUGUCUUUCAGCAGUUUGAGUUGAAAAAUAACAAUGGGAAUUCUAACUGCUGAGAGUAGUAUAAAUUGCCUGUCUGACAAAGACGUACACUCAAAACCACGUUUGUUGUUGCCUGAAUUUUAAGAGAGCUUUUGAAACAGUGUAGACCAAAUUACAGUAUCACAUGGCUGUCAUUUGUGACUAAUUCUGACCACAUCUUAAUUUGUAAGAUGUAGCAGUGACUAUAAAAACCAUAAUUUCUCUUUUCAUGCCUCAGUUCUCAUUUGAUGAAACACUAUGAUUAUAUAGUUAAUGCUAUAGUUUCUAUACAUUUAUUUUAAACAGAAAACAUUUGACUUUACAGUCCAUCUCCACCCAUGCUUUGAAAUCUAAUUGAAGGAAAUGUCCAAAAAAGACAGUCAUAUCUGUUUUUAUAUCUUUGAGGUAAAUUGAUAAUGCAAAAGAAGAUAGCCAGAUAAAAUAAUUAUGACUUCAUCCAUUAGGGUUAGAGCAGUAUGAGAACAUAUUUUAUCUGUUUAGGUAAUUUGAGAAUGCAUAAUGUUCAUUUUAAUAGGAGCGUGGAUAACAUGGACAUGACUGAGGAAACUAAGCUAUGGUUCAAAAAAGAAAAUAAAGAUUGUUCUGGUAAUUCAGCUUAUGGACUGUACAGCCAGCCCUUUAAAAUCCCAUGGUAAGCAGCUUGUGUAGCAAAGCACGAAUUCUGGGCAGAUUCAGUUGCCUGUCACUGCAGCAGUGCCUACACCAUGCUUGCAACAUCUGUCCUCUGCUGUGUGCAACCACUUGCAUUGUGGGACCCUCUGGCACAGAAACUGCAGGUGGGAUGUGCAAAGGAGCCAUGCUAUAAAGCUAGGGCUGUAGCCAGAGAUCAGAUACAAGGGGAUAUUUAAAAUCAGGAAAACCGCUCAAUGUUUUCUUUCAAAUUGUUUUAAUACAAAAAUACAGAAAAAAAAAUGCUUAAGGAAGAACACGGUCACACAAUCAUUUCAUGAGCUCUGGUGAACAGUCAAAUAACCAGCUUCAGUCCUACGUGCACGUCCAAAAAUUGUUUGCAGCAGGUUGAUGGGCUAUGAGGAGGUUAUGUUCCGGCAUUGUGGAGAGCCAAACUCGAG